AUGGCUGGAUCAGAUGAGGUUAACAGCCACCCGAAGGAGAACAAUGAUACUACCAGAAUUAAUAUAACUGGUGCAGAACUACAGGCGUUAAUAGAUGAUGCUGUUACUCGAACUCUUGACAGACAAUAUAAUGAAUCAAGUGAUACACACUCUAAGACUCUAUCUGUGGCUCGUAGUAAGCCCCCUUCUAAAUCACAUGAGUCAAAGGAAGACGAUGUUCAUAACUCGUCAAAUCAAAGGAGUGUUCCGUCUAGACAGGUUGUGCUUCAUCAUGAGGCACCACUUAAGACCUGCUCAUAUAAAAAUAAGUCUGUUAAGGCUUCUGGCGAGGGAAAAAGGGAAAGAGAGGAGGAGAACUCUCAGCGAUCUGACAAGAAGAAAAAGGGAGGUUUUAAGUACAAGAAAGAUUCUGAGUUUAGGAAAAACUCGAGUCAGUCUAAUAACAGACCCAAAUGCAGUAACUGCAGAAAGCAACAUUCUGGAAAAUCUACAAUCGACCCACGUGCUAAAUUGUGUGGAAUUUGCAAGACCGAGGGUCACAAAACUUUAGAUUGCAAGGAGUUGAAGAACGCGACAUGUUACAAUUGUAACGAGGAAGGGCACAUCAAAACCAACUGCCCAAAACUUGUAAAGAAGCAUGGAGAGGCCAGGAAAACGAACGCGUGA